GUUGAUUAAGAUAGAUGUGAGGGGAGGACGGGUAAGAUUACAAGGAGAGUGCGGUGAGUAUGGUGCAUGUACUGCCGCUUGCCGUGUAGACGAGCGCCGGGAUAUUUGUUAUACGCCAGCCUAUGGGGUUGGGGGUGUGGGGAAGGACGCGAGGGGGAGGCGCCAGAGGAGAACAAUGUAAAUGCGACUGCAGAGGGAGGACAUCACUGGGACACGAGGAAUUCCGUCUGCUCCAUCCAAUGAUCUCCGGCGCAGGAAUGACUUCACUCGGCCUCUUAUCCCGAUUCAACGUCCAAGAAAUAAUUUUGUAUCAAUUGCGGCGUGAUUGGCUAUCGUGUCUCAUUGUUCCCACCUCCCAUCGCUAUCGAGGUAAAUCAUUGCUAAUGUAUCCCAAAGUACCUCCCUCCCCUCUGCUCCCAACGCAGCAGGACGCCGAACCCGCUAACACCGAAGCGGCGGGCAGCUCCGUGGAACUCGAGCCAUUCUGUUCAUCAUUCAUAUACGAGUCAAGCCACGCAAACCCGAUGCGGCGUCGCUUUCUCAAAACACGCGUGCUUGGACGCCGUGGUCGAGGAGUGCCUCAGAGGAAACGCAGACGAGAGGGGCAAGCAGGUGAUAUUUUGAAAGAAGCCGAAAGAAAUCGUCAAUGCGUUUCGUUGGAACGUAAGAAGAACCCCGAUGCCCUAUCAAGCCCCUAGGUCCGAGAUCUAGGUCCGUCGAGGCCGUAGGGGGAUGCAAACCAAACCACCAGUGCCAAAGAAAGGAGACGCCCCGGUUAGAUGCAGCGGGUAUCUCAACGUGAAGUAAGUAAGCAAGUGGGCAGAAGAAAGAGGGGGGAC